CAGUAAGAAGUUAGUAGAGCGCUGACGUCACAGGAGUGAAUCCAGCAGAAUAUUCGCCUGUUCUGUCGGAUCGGUGGAUAUACUAAGUUCUCAAUAAUUGUUUCAUCAUUGAAUUUACAAAUAAGAAAUACAACCGAAGCAAGAUUUCCAAAUCAUCUGUUAAUGUGUGUAAAUGUAGCCAUAUUUACCUACCAAAAAACAAAACAAUAAAUAAAAAUAAUCUUAGGAGAUUACAACGUUUCGCAAUAUAAUAAAACCGGGUGGUGGUACCCCCCAUGCCCCCUGUUUAAAACAUCAUUAAAACAAGUGUGAAGCGAGAAGAGAGAAAGAGAAAAAAAUAUGAAAUUUGUCAAAUUAAUGUGUCAAAACAAUUAGACUAAAUUACACCAAUAAAACAAUGGUUUAACCAUCGUUGACAAUAGAGAACAAUUGAUGGUUACCGUGAUACCGUUGCCAUAAAAAAAUUGUUUUGGAAAACUUUUGGCUAAAUAUUUCGAACAGAUUGAUUGUGAUAAUUUGAAAAAUUAAAUAAAACAAAAAAAAAAUUAAAUAAAUCAAAAGAUCUACCGAGCAGUCAUGACGGACGUAGAAAAGGCAAAGGAAGCUGAAGCUGAAAUUCAGGCCGAAGUCAAGACUUCACCGAAGCCUUCACCUACUAAAUCAACAGGUGAAGCCACAGACGAUCAGCCGUUCGUUGCCAACAAUGAAAAGUCAGCGCGAACCGAUCACAACCUCUACUUAUAUUCUGACGAAAUCGAUGAACGACCCAUUGUGUCAACAUUUAUAUCCUCUCUGGCCAAUUAUUCAAAUACAAUUCCAGCGGCCACAGAUCCUGAUGCUAAGCCAGCAGCACCCGCAGCUCGUAUGGGCACACUCAUCGGUGUUUUCUUACCAUGUAUCCAGAAUAUUUUCGGUGUUAUUUUAUUUAUCCGGCUGACAUGGGUCGUGGGUACAGCUGGUGCUGUAUGCGGUUUUUUAAUUGUGCUUUGCUGUUGUUGUGUGACAAUGUUAACGGCAAUCUCGAUGUCUGCAAUCGCUACAAACGGGGUGGUACCGGCGGGUGGGAGCUAUUUCAUGAUAUCAAGAUCAUUAGGUCCUGAAUUUGGUGGUGCCGUUGGAUUGCUAUUUUAUACGGGCACUACAUUAGCAGCUGCGAUGUACAUCGUUGGUGCUGUAGAGAUUGUUCUAACCUAUAUGGCGCCAUCGUUAAUGAUAUUCAAGGAUGAUCAAAAUCCGGAAGAUGCGAUGUAUAACAAUUUCAGAGUAUUCGGAACGGGACUGCUAUGCGUAAUGGGUACUAUCGUGUUCAUCGGAGUAAAAUUUGUUAAUAAAUUUGCGGCCGUCGCAUUGGCUUGUGUUAUUUUCUCCAUUAUUGCGGUUUACAUCGGAAUAUUCGAUAAUUUUCAUGGCAAUGAUAAAUUACAUUUGUGUGUGCUGGGAAAACGUUUGGUGAAAGAUGUUGACAUUGGAAAUUGUACCAAAGACAUUGGUUCCAAGUUGUACAACACUUACUGCAACGUUUCCACCGGAUUGUGCGAAGAAUAUUAUCGAACCCAUGAAGUGAGCAUCGUUCAAGGUAUCAAGGGCUUAGCCAGUGGUGUUUUCUUCGACAAUUUGCGAAACUCGUUUAUGGAUAAAGGCCAACUGAUCGCAUACGGUAAAGAUCCCGUCGACAUCGACAGAAUGAGUGACAACACAUACAAUCAAAUCUAUGCUGAUAUUACAACGACGUUUACUCUGCUGAUUGGAAUCUUCUUCCCGUCGGUUACAGGAAUUAUGGCGGGCUCUAACAGAUCGGGUGACUUAGCUGAUGCCCAGAAAAGUAUUCCAAUCGGAACAAUUGCUGCUAUCAUCACUACUAGCACAGUAUAUCUAUCAUGCGUCUUGUUGUUCGCUGGUACAGUUGAUAAUCUUCUGCUAAGAGACAAAUUCGGUGCAUCAAUUGGUGGUAAAUUAGUGGUUGCAAACAUUGCUUGGCCCAACGAAUGGGUUAUUUUGAUUGGAUCAUUUUUGUCGACGCUGGGUGCUGGACUACAAAGUUUAACUGGCGCACCACGUUUGCUACAAGCCAUUGCCAAAGAUGAAACUAUACCGUUUUUGAGCCCGUUUGCUGUGUCAUCGAGCCGCGGCGAACCGACUAGAGCAUUAAUAUUGACCGUUUUCAUCUGCCAGGGUGGUAUUCUUUUAGGUAACGUUGAUAUUUUGGCUCCUCUUCUGUCUAUGUUCUUCCUAAUGUGUUACGGAUUCGUUAAUUUGGCUUGUGCUGUACAAACUCUUUUGCGUACACCGAACUGGCGUCCCCGAUUUAAAUUUUACCAUUGGAGUUUGUCAUUGUUCGGAUUGGCUUUGUGCAUAUCAAUUAUGUUCAUGACAUCAUGGUUCUUUGCUCUAAUUGCUAUGACCAUGGCCGUCAUCAUCUACAAGUACAUUGAAUAUCGCGGUGCGGAGAAAGAGUGGGGUGAUGGUAUUCGCGGUAUGGCAUUGACUGCGGCUCGAUACUCGUUACUGCGUUUGGAAGAAGGUCCACCACAUACCAAAAAUUGGCGACCACAAAUUAUGAUCAUGGUGAAGCCAACCGAUGAAAAUAUACCGAAAUAUCGCAAACUCUUCUCGUUUGCUUCGCAAUUAAAAGCUGGAAAAGGUUUAACUGUCUGCGUGUCGGUGGUGCAAGGAGAUUUCACCAAAAAAGUUCAAAAAUCAAACGAAACGAAACAAAAUAUCAAACGCAUCAUGGAAGAGGAACGUGUCAAAGGCUUCGUCGAGGUUCUUGUUGCUCGAAAUAUGGUGGAUGGACUGUCGUCAAUAAUUCAAACUUGCGGUUUAGGUGGCAUGAAACCGAAUACUGUGAUAUUGGGCUGGCCGUAUGGAUGGCGGCAAAGUGAAUCAGACCGUACGUGGAAAACGUUUUUGGAGACAUGUCGUGUUGUUACCUCGUCUCGCAUGGCCCUGGUUAUUCCGAAAGGAAUCAACUUCUUCCCAGAUUCGACUGAAAAGAUCCGCGGCAACAUCGAUAUUUGGUGGAUUGUCCAUGAUGGCGGUCUUCUGAUGUUGCUACCAUUCCUCCUGAAACAACAUCGCACAUGGAAAAACUGUAAAUUGCGAAUCUUUACGGUCGCUCAAAUGGAAGACAAUUCGAUUCAAAUGAAGAAGGACCUGAAAAUGUUCCUCUACCAUUUACGAAUUGCUGCUGAAGUUGAAGUCGUUGAAAUGAUGAAUAGUGACAUAUCAGCUUAUACGUACGAGCGAACACUCAUGAUGGAACAACGCAAUCAAAUGUUGAGAGAAUUACGGUUGAACAAAAAGGAAAGCUUGGGAGUGGUGGAAUCUUUGGUGGAAUACAGCGAAGGCACGGGCGAGGAUAAAAUGCCUUUGGUCCAAGCUAUCGUCGAUCAUCAUCAUGCGUCCGAUAAUGCUCGAACCGCAACGAAAGUUCGUUUCACCGAGCCAAAUGAUGUGGUCAAUGAGGACGAAGACGAAGGAUCAUUGGAAAAGUUGUUACCACAGGAAAUUAAGAAAGAAAUCGAAAAGGCAGCGGCAGAAGAGCAAACCGAAAAGGAAACGUUGAUGGAAAAUAAUAUUAACAACAAGAAGGACGACGAACUACCAACGGAGAACAAUAUAAGCAAUCACACAUCACCGAGUAAUAGUACCACAAAGCUUGCCAUGGAUACGAAAUCCGAAAAAGACGAGGAUGAACAGCAGGCAACCGACGAUGAUAAUAUACGAAAAUCAAAUAUCAAACCUGACGAAAAUAAUGUGAGACGUAUGCAUACGGCUGUGAAAUUAAAUGAAGUUAUUGUAAAUAAAUCACACGAUGCCCAGUUAGUUAUCCUCAAUUUGCCCGGACCACCAAAGGAUACGCGAAUGGAAAGGGAAAGCAAUUACAUGGAAUUCUUAGAAGUUCUAACCGAGGGCUUAGAGCGAGUUUUGAUGGUGCGAGGUGGCGGCCGAGAAGUAAUCACAAUUUACUCUUAAAAGCAUACAACUUCGACCGAAUACCGAUUGAGUUUUAAAAUUCUAAGAAUAAUGUAAAAUAUCUAAAAAGAAAAGAAAAUAAUUGAAUGAAAAGUGUUGUAUGUGUUAGCUUAAAGUCGGCACAUUCUCGCACGAGAACCUUAUUAAGAAAACGCGCGUUUCUGUAUUGUUUUGUUUUUUCGUUUCGACUCGAGUCUUGUUUGUGCGUUCGAGAAAUGUUUCAUUUUUGAGUAGAAACUUUAGGGUGGAGCGUUUUAAUCGGUUAUAAGAUGCUGAGAGCAUUAACAAUAAGAAAAAAAAGUAAAAUAUAAUUUUCGUUGAAUGUCGAUGUCGAAUGAGUGUGUGCAAGAGGUCAGAGUAUAGAUAACUCUUCUUCAGAU